UCCCACAGUCACUCCCGGCGCUGCCUCGCCCUCGCGCCGCCUCGACCCCGCCGAGGACGAGCACUCGCUGCACAUGCUCUACGACUACAGCACCGUGCUCGCCUGGUCAGUGCUCCCACAGUCACUCCCGGCGCUGCCUCGCCCUCGCGCCGCCUCGACCCCGCCGAGGACGAGCACUCGCUGCACAUGCUCUACGACUACAGCACCGUGCUCGCCUGGUCAGUGCUCCCACAGUCACUCCCGGCGCUGCCUCGCCCUCGCGCCGCCUCGACCCCGCCGAGGACGAGCACUCGCUGCACAUGCUCUACGACUACAGCACCGUGCUCGCCUGGUCAGUGCUCCCACAGUCACUCCCGGCGCUGCCUCGCCCUCGCGCCGCCUCGACCCCGCCGAGGACGAGCACUCGCUGCACAUGCUCUACGACUACAGCACCGUGCUCGCCUGGUCAGUGCUCCCACAGUCACUCCCGGCGCUGCCUCGCCCUCGCGCCGCCUCGACCCCGCCGAGGACGAGCACUCGCUGCACAUGCUCUACGACUACAGCACCGUGCUCGCCUGGUCAGUGCUCCCACAGUCACUCCCGGCGCUGCCUCGCCCUCGCGCCGCCUCGACCCCGCCGAGGACGAGCACUCGCUGCACAUGCUCUACGACUACAGCACCGUGCUCGCCUGGUCAGUGCUCCCACAGUCACUCCCGGCGCUGCCUCGCCCUCGCGCCGCCUCGACCCCGCCGAGGACGAGCACUCGCUGCACAUGCUCUACGACUACAGCACCGUGCUCGCCUGGCUGGACCACCCAGUGAAGCGGUUCAAGACGGAGACGCCGCUAUUCCGCGAGGAGCUGGCGCUGGGCGCAGCGCUGGGAGCUGACCUGUACGCCGGGCACGACCACACCAGCAUGGCCGCCAUGCCCGCGCCGAUCGACGUCAAGCAGGAGAAGGUGGACCACGAGGACGUAAAAGAGUACAAGAACCUGUUCACGUCGGACGGACUGUGCCCCACGCUCAAGGACCUGGAGCAGAUCUUCGACAACUCCGACGACGCCAACAGCGGCGAUGAGACGGUAAGACUUCUGCAAGUACAAACGCCGCCGGACUCCAACAAGUCGGCGGAGGAGUCGCGCUGCGCCGGCGGGCGCUGCGUGCGCGCCGAGGAGCUCAGCAAGAUGUUCCCCACGCCGCCCAGCAUGGAGGCGCACGCGCAGCCCUCGCCCGGCUUCACGCUGCCCGACGACGCGCCCGCGCCGCACCAGCCCGGCGGCAGCCCGCCGCCCGACCCCAUCGAGGACUGGUCGUACGUGUUCAAGCCGCCGACGCUGUACAAGUACGUGGGCUCGUCGAAGUACGCGCCGCUGACGCAGCUGCCCAGCCAGCUGCUGCCGCCGCUCACGCUGCCGCCCAAUGCUGUGUACCGCCCGCGCGCCGAGCGCCGCGCCGACGCCGAGCGGGCGGGCGUAAAACGCAGCGCGUCACCAUCAAGCGAGUCGCGGGAAUCCAACCGAGGGCGUCGCGGCUCGGGCAGCGCGACGCCAGCGGCGGCGGGCGCGGCCGGCCCGGGCGUGGCGGCGUCGCCCGCGCCCGCGCCCGUGCCCGCGACCGCGCCUGAACCCGCGCCCGCGCCCGCUCACGCCGCCUGCCCGCUGCUGGUCAACGUGCUGUUGGCUGAUACCGUGCUCAACGUGUUCCGAGAUCAUAACUUUGAUAGCUGCACGCUGUGUGUUUGCAACGCGGGGCCCAAGGUGGUGGGCAACAUCCGCGGCGCGGACGCGGCCACGUACCUGGCGGGCUGCUCGGGCGUGCCGCGCUGGGACGCGGGCGCGUCGCCCGGCGCCGCCGACGACGAGCCGGCGCGCUGCACGUGCGGCUUCAGCGCCGUCGUCAACCGCCGCCGCGCGCACACCGCCGGCCUCUUCUACGAGGACGAAAUGGAGAUCACGGGUCUGGCGCCAGAACCGGGAGGGGCGCUCGGGGCGGGCGGCGCGCGCGGGGGCGGGCGGCUGGCGGACGUGGCGGGCGUGGUGGCCAUGCAGUGCGCCGCGCCCGCCGGCGGCGCCGCCUCCGCCCUCGCGCGCGCCGCCCAGCGCGCCGCGCAGCCGCCGCCGCCCGACGAGCUGCGCCUCAACCUGCUCGAAUACUCUGACGGCGGUGUGGCGGCGGCGCGUGCGCUACGGGCGGCGGGUGGCGGCUCAGGCGCGGCGGGCGCGGUGCACCGCUGGCCCUUCAUCGGUGCGCGCGCGCCGCGCUCGUCGAGAGACGUCGUGAGAUUGAUGCGACGCCUCCGGCCGCUGCUCCAAGACGCGAUCCAGAAGCGGUGCUGCGGCGCUCGCAUGUGGGACGGCGUGACGGGCCCGCUCACGUGGCGCCAGUUCCACCGCCUGGCCGGCCGCGGCAACGAGGACCUGUGCGAGCCGCAGCCCGUGCCGCCGCUGCUGGUGGGCCACGAGCGCGACUGGGUGUCGCUGUCGCCGUACGCGCUGCGGCACUGGGAGCGGCUGGCGCUGGAGCCGUACGCGUACGCGCGCGACGUGCAGUACGUCGUGCUGUGCGCCGACCCCGACGCGCUCGCCGAGCCCGCGCGCGCCUUCUUCCGCGACCUGGCCGCCGCCUACGAGGCUUGUCGUCUAGGCCGGCACCGGCCGCUCUCCCGCGUGGCGCGCGACGGCAUCUACCGAGCGGCGCCGGAUCGCGACCGCGAGCGCACCGACGACUGGCUCGGCGACACGCCGCCCGGCCGCCUCGGCGAUUACCUCCGAGCGUACGCCGACGCGCUACGAACCACACUACUGCCUCUACUGGCUUCCGUCAACCUCACGCCAGCGGCACCAGCGCCGCGCCCGCCCGCGUCCGACCAGACCACGCCCACCGCUACGGACGAAGAAUCCAACGCAGCGUCCGCUACGGGUUGCGUCAACUCCUUCGAGGAGGAUGAAAGCGGGCCGCCGGCGCUAGUGUUGUAUUUAGUGGAGCCGCCGGCGUCGCACGCGCAUAGGCCAGCUGCGCUACACGCGUUGUUAAGGCUAGCGGCGCGGGCGCAUCACCAUCUGGCGCACCAUAACCCUCUUAUCAAGAUCAUCUCGCUAGAAGGCAUCUGCGAAGCGUGGGGUAUGGGCGCGGGCGCAGCUGGCGAAGGGACCGCGGGCGCGGGGGGUGGGGCUGAAGCGCGCGCGCUGGCCUUCAGCGUGUUCAGCGGCGCGCGCCGGCUGCUGGCGCACACGCCCAACGGCAAGUCGCUCACCGGCUUCGGGACCGCGGCCGACGCCAACCUCUUCCUAGGGAAUAAGGACGUGAGCGGGACUGAAGCGCGCGCGCUGGCCUUCAGCGUGUUCAGCGGCGCGCGCCGGCUGCUGGCGCACACGCCCAACGGCGGGACUGAAGCGCGCGCGCUGGCCUUCAGCGUGUUCAGCGGCGCGCGCCGGCUGCUGGCGCACACGCCCAACGGCAAGUCGCUCACCGGCUUCGGGACCGCGGCCGACGCCAACCUCUUCCUAGGGAAUAAGGACGUGAUUGUGUCCACUAUUACAUUCUAUGCGGGAGGCGGGACUGAAGCGCGCGCGCUGGCCUUCAGCGUGUUCAGCGGCGCGCGCCGGCUGCUGGCGCACACGCCCAACGGCAAGUCGCUCACCGGCUUCGGGACCGCGGCCGACGCCAACCUCUUCCUAGGGAAUAAGGACGAAAAAAACCGAGCGCCGUACAAGCUAUUCUCGCCGGCGUGGGUGCUGGCGCCGCCGCGCGCGCUGAAGGAGGUGGCGGAGACGUGGGGCCAGAGCCUCGGCGAGCAGGGCGCCGUGCUGUUCCUGGCCUACUGCCUGUCGCACGACCAGCGCUGGCUGCUGGCCGCCGCCACCGACGCGCGCGGCGAGCUGCUCGACACCGUGGCCAUCAACAUACACGUGCCGCCCAGGUCGCGGUUGCGACGCGGCGGGCCGGCGCGGCGGCUAGGGCUGCGCAAGCUGAUGGAUUUUACGCUCGGCGUCAUGAGCCACGCGGCGCAGCCCUGGCGCCUCGUCGUGGGCCGCGUGGGCCGCAUCGGGCACGGCGAGCUCAAAGGCUGGAGCUGGCUUCUAUCUCGCAAGAACCUCGUCCGCGCGUCAUCAGUUCUCCGCGAGCUAUGCGGCGCGUGCGCGGUGUUAGCUCCCAGCGGCGUGCCAGCCAUCGUGUCGGCGUGUCUCGUGUCCACGGAGCCCGACUCGUGCCUGCGCCUCAUGGCGGACCGCUUCACGCCCGACGAGCGCUUCAGCCAGGCCUCCAUCCAGUCGCAUCUGCACACGCCGCGAGACGUCUCCGCCACGCAUAUACUCGUCUUCCCCACUUCGGCUACCACGCAGAGUGUAGCGAGGAAGAAGAUCCUCAUCAGCACCAUAUUACAACUUGCUAAUCCAAAGGACAUUGUCANCAGGUCUCGGUUGCGACGCGGCGGGCCAGCGCGGCGGCUAGGGCUGCGGAAGCUGAUGGAUUUUACGCUCGGCGUCAUGAGCCACGCGGCGCAGCCCUGGCGCCUCGUCGUGGGCCGCGUGGGCCGCAUCGGGCACGGCGAGCUCAAAGGCUGGAGCUGGCUACUAUCUCGCAAGAACCUCGUCCGAGCGUCAUCAGUUCUCCGCGAGUUAUGCGGCGCGUGCGCGGUCCUAGCACCAAGCGGCGUGCCGGCCAUCGUGUCGGCGUGCCUGGUGUCUACCGAGCCCGACUCGUGCCUGCGGCUCAUGGCGGACCGCUUCACGCCCGACGAGCGCUUCAGCCAGGCAUCCAUCCAGUCGCACCUGCACACGCCGCGAGACGUCUCCGCCACGCAUAUACUCGUCUUCCCCACUUCGGCUACCACACAGUCAAACCCGAUGCCGUUCGAGCAGCCGAUGGCGAACGGCGUGGAAAACGACAUGAUGUUCCUGGACGUGGACAUGGCCGACGAGGACAUGGGCGAGGACAACAUGGCCGAGCUGCUCAUCGGGGACAUGUUCAACAACAUGUGGCCGCAGGGCUCCCCGCGGGCCUCCCCGCGCCGCCCCGACCUCGAGGAGCCCGGCUCCCCGCCCGCCAGCCACCACCACCACUACCACCACCAGGACGACGCCGCCGCGGAGCAAGUGGGCACAGUACUGCAGCAGCCUUUAGCCCUCGGCUACAUGGUGUCGACGGCGCCGCUGGGCGGGAUGCCGGCGUGGUGGUGGGCGGGCUGUGCCCACCUGCGAGACGCCUGCCCGGCCUUCCUCAAGAACGCGCUGCAUCUACACGCCGGAAGCCUCCAGUCCGAUGAAAUGUACUCGCUGUCUCUGCGGCACAACCACAACGGGCACCCGCUGGACUCGCAGACCACCACCGACGUGCUGAGAUACGUGCUGGAAGGCUACAACGCGCUAUCGUGGCUGGCGCUGGACGGCAGCACGCACGACCGGCGCUCCUGCCUGCCGUUGCACGUGCAGGUGCUCAUGCAGCUGUACCACACCGCCGCCGCGCUCGGAUAGCCGCCUCCCACGCCGCCGCCGGCGCCGGAAUAUAACACCGCGCCGGAAUAAGGAGCUGGCGCGCAAUUAACACAGCAAGCGCUACGGCUGCCUAGUGACCAUACUGGUUUCAAAAAAGGCUGUCAGUUGGCGUGCGCUGUGCCGUCAGCUCUACAGACAACACUACGACUGCCUGCCUCUGCAAUAAAGUGAUCUAUGGCUCCAAAUACUUGCCCAACAGAAAGCGGCGACGUCUAGUGCUACUACCCGUUGAAUAAGUGGCAUCUAUCCUACCAUUAGUGGCGCCAUCUUUACUACCAGAUCACUUAGUGCAAUCUUCAAGUGAUCGCAAGUGCAAAUCUACAACGAGUAAUGGUGUCUUAUAAUAUCAGUGCGGCGUGGUGUUCAGUUUGUGCGUGAAGUGUAACGUAGUGCAAGAGACAGUGAGUGGAACGGCGGCGGGUUUCAUGGUUACGCGUGACUGCGCUCGUACCUGUUCGUUAGGCUAGAAUUGUUGUGCACGUGCAGUACAGUUAGCGGCGAAAGUGGCUCGAAACGUUUCGAGCCGUCGCCGCCGGCUGCGCCGCGCCGGCCGGCCCCCGACGACCGCGCGGCUCCUGUUAAAUUAUUAUUUAUUUUCAUUAUUUAUUGUUUGACCACGAGCGCGGCCCGGGGCGGCGCCGGCCGGCCGGUACUUAGGUAAAUUAAUAUAGGACGGGCCGUCGCCCGGUGUUGGCGUCUCAUCCAAAGAUAGUCGCGUCGAACCUCGACUGCGGCGGUGACCAGUGGCGUCGCGGUCACUCUGCCUAGUGCUCUAGUUACUACAAGUUGUCGCUGAAAGUGCCCGAUCGCACGACUAGGAAAAUAGUGAUAGCGCGUGUAACCGAUGCAUUUUGUAAUAUUUUUAUCUUGAUAAUAAUCCGAUAUACUUGUAUGUAUUAUAGUUUCUCUGAUGAAUUUUACUUUUACGAGCAACUUUUAGUAAGUAGAUAGGUGAAUGACCAGACGAGAUGUUACCACAAUGGAAUCCAUCAAAUAUCAACUAUUUAUAUAUUAUAUAGAAAAUUUUUAAAAUUGCUAGAUAAGCCGGGUAUACUAGUUUGUUAUAGUUUGAUAUGACACUUGGAGGUCCAAUUUGGCAUGAGAUUAUUUCUCAUUAAAGGGCAUUUCAUUUUCAUUAAUUGAAGUUUCUACUAAAGGAACAACUUCCACUCUGUCUUUCUAUACGUUAAUACUUCCUGAUCUCUCCAUUUGAAAUUAUCAUGAACCUCAUUUUGUGUAGACUAGUACCCAUUUUAUGGUAUUUUUAUGGAGCAGUGAAAAUUAAUUUAACAUUACAAGCUUUGUGUAGUGUAAGAUCAUGUUUGAUAGCCAUUUUAAAGCCCAUCUGUUAAUUUUAUUGUAUCAAUCUCUUAAACUGAAGAAUUUAUGUAUUAUUUUUAACCUUUUAGUGUUUUAGAAUGUUUUUACUCAAUCAUGGCAGGUGAUAUGAUCUGCUUUAACAGCUCAACUACGCAUACAUUUUGUACGGAAUAUUUUUAACAUACAAUUGUUAUUGACAAUUAAGUCCUGGCAUUCUCAUAAACUGCCCUGAAGCUUUAUAGCUCAGAACAGGUAUUGUUAUAUCUUUGCUGAAUUUAAAAAUAUUUUUUUUGACUCAUCCGUUUAUGCGCCGUACACGCCCUAUUUAUUUUGUUUUUAUCAACAUCUCAAAGCAUUCUCAUAGAUGUUAUCAGUAUGUAUGUGUAGUGCGACACUGCAUAGAGUAGUCGAGUCGUAGUUCCGGCGGACAUACGUCACAAGUUAUCUACUGAAGUUUUAAUAUUACUAUUACGUUGUUGUGCUAUGUAUAAUGUAAUAUAUAAUUUUAUUUUACGUUAUUGUAAUAAACCGGUAUGAAUUACCAAAGGAGUUAGCUAUGUGUAGUGUUUUUAGAUAUUUUAACAUCUUUAUUGAAUAGGACUCCACAGACCAUCUCGUUUGACAGGGUUCUCAUUUCGCCAUCGCGUUAUACUACAAAAUACAAAAUAAUCAUCGUUGACAUUCGUUUUACUCAUUAAAGUGUAUUAUUUUUAUAAGAUUUUUACUUCGAAUCCAUGGAACUUUUAUCGUUUUAAUUUCGAGCUUUAUUCGUAUUCGCAAUCACGUAGGUUUACAAAUUAGUGACAAUUAUAUUAGACGAAUUGACCAUUUUGACUUAGCAGCUGGGUAAUUCGUUCAUGUACAGUACAGCGUCCCGAGGGCACAACGGGCAGCGGGCUCGCAGACGGUCUUAUACACAGAAAUGCUAGAUUAUCUUAUGACAAACAAACCUCUGGUUUAAUGCUAUAAUAAGUAACACCAAUAGUUUACGUUUAGAUAAAUAGUUGUAAAGAGAGCCCCCUAGAUCAUGUUUGAGUAGCGUUUGUAUAAUUAGACGUCGUCGUUUUAUAAAGAUGUAACGGAGCGACCGCCGCGACGGCGAUGUUGAUUCGCCGAAUCUCCGACAGUUUGGUAGUUAUAUAAAAUUUUCUAUUUUAAUAUAUUAUUAAAGCGUAAGUAGGGAGGUGUGCCGUGCAAGCGUGUAAAUAUGUCCGACGCGUUACUCGCCGGUCGACGUGAUCCUUGUUUCCGCGCCCAGUCGGUGGGAGUCGGAAGUCGGCUUAUCGAGCUGAACAAAUUUACCGAAAUCUAAAUUGGUUCAAGUAAUGUGAAGUCCCGUUUUGUUGCUUAGUGUCUAAAGAUUGGUUUGCCAGCGCCAGCGGUCCGGCCGCCAAUUAACUGAAUUACGCCUAGUUGAAUAUGAAAUGUUUUAAAUGUGUUACAGCAUUUGAGAAUAUUUAAUGAUGUUGUAUAUAGUUUAUAUUUUGUUUUUGUAAACGACAUUUUGUAUAUAGGAUCGACGUAAUUAUUUGCCCACAUUGCCGAUGUAUAAUGGAGCACGUUUUAAAGAAACCACUCGUAAUAUUUUGUACAGUUGUUAGGUGAGGUUUGUAGUUGAAUGAAUUAUUUUAGAGUUUCGUUUUUGACCUCUUUUUGUUAUUGUGAAUUUGUCAAUUUUUUUAGGGAAUUGGGAUUGUACUGUAAAUAGACCACACCAUUUUGUCAAAUAUUAGUUGUAAGCGGUCAAAUCUGAUGAUUGAUGGAAAUCAAAUUUUCUAAACGGAGCAAUCAUUAGAAAUUCAUAAAACAAACU